GUCUUCCACACACGUAUUGUGCAAUACUUGUAUUCGCAUAUGCUCAGAGGAGGAGCUUGCCCAGCUCUUCUGGCACCAUUGAGUAUAGCGAGUCUCUCUCUCCUGCACACUAUCUGGAGGUGCAAGUCUUUUCUUCACCGGCUUCUCAUAUCUUUGUAGGUCUGGGCUGUGUCCCUCUGCUGCAGACAUGGCUCCCAAAAAGAACAAGACUGCCAAAAAAAACAAAGGGGAUAUCAAUGAAAUAACCAUAAUGGUCGAGGAUAGCCCGAUCAAUAAUAUCAAUGGGCUGAAUACCUUGUUGGAGGGAGGAAACGGCUUCAGCUGCAUCUCAAGUGAAGUCACUGACCCUGUUUAUGCUCCUAAUCUCUUGGAGGGUCUUAGUACCAUGAGGCAGGACAGUUUCCUCUGUGACCUGACCGUCUCCACCAAGUCAAAGUCCUUCGAUGUCCACAAAGUUGUCAUGGCCUCCUGCAGUGAGUACAUUCAGAAUAUCUUAAAGAGGGAUUCCGCCCUCACGAAGAUCGACCUGAACGACCUUUCACCCACAGGCCUGGCCACAGCCAUCACAUACGCCUACUCAGGGAAACUAACCCUGUCGUUGUACAGCAUUGGCAGCACCAUCGCAGCAGCCAUGCUGUUGCAGAUCAACACCCUGGUGAAGAUGUGCAGCGACUUCCUCAUGCAGGAGCUCAGUGCGGAGAACUGCAUGUACGUGGCCAACAUCGCCGACACCUACAACCUCAAAGAAACAAAGCAGGCCUCCCAGAAGUUCAUGAGGGAGAACUUUAUAGAGUUCUCUGAGAUGGAGCAGUUCCUGAAGCUCACUUACGAGCAGAUCAAUGACUUCCUCAGUGAUGAUUCCCUGCAGUUGCCCUCUGAGAUUACAGCCUUUCAGAUAGCCAUGAAGUGGUUGGACUUCAACGAGAAGAGGCUGAAAUACGCCCCAGAUCUUCUGACCAACAUCCGCUUCGGGACCAUCUCAGCCAUGGACCUGGUCAACCAUGUCCAGAGUGUGCCCAGAAUGAUGCAGGACCCCGAGUGCCAUCGUCUCCUAGUGGACGCCAUGAAUUACCACCUGUUGCCCUACCAGCAGAACAUUCUGCAGUCCCGCAGAACAAAGGUACGUGGUGGCCUCCGGGUCAUGCUGACAGUGGGUGGACGACCGGCCUUGACGGAGAAGUCUCUCAGCAAAGAGGUCCUCUACAGGGAUGAUGACGAUGUAUGGAAUAGGCUCACAGAGAUGCCAGCCAAGAGCUUCAAUCAGUGUGUGGCAGUCCUGGAUUGCUUCCUUUAUGUUGCUGGUGGUGAAGACCAGAAUGAUGCCAGGAACCAGGCUAAACAUGCUGUCAGCAACUUCUGCAGGUAUGAUCCUCGAUUCAACACCUGGAUUCAUUUGACCAACAUGAUCCAGAAGCGCACCCACUUCAGUCUCAACACCUUCAAUGGCCUCUUGUUCGCUAUUGGUGGUCGUAACUCUGAUGGAUGCCAGGCUUCAAUGGAGUGCUACGUGCCCUCCUCUAACCAAUGGCAGAUGAAAGCCCCCAUGGAAAUCCCCCGGUGCUGCCAUGCCAGCUCUGUCAUUGAUGGCAAGAUCCUUGUUAGCGGUGGUUACAUCAACAACGCGUACUCCAGGGCUGUGUGCAGCUAUGAUCCUUCCACUGAUGUGUGGCAGGAUAAAAACAGUUUGAGCUCCCCUAGAGGCUGGCAUUCCGCUGCUACAGUCGGAGAACGGGCUUACGUGAUUGGUGGCAGCCAGCUGGGUGGCCGUGGAGAGAGGGUUGAUGUCUUAGCUGUUGAGUGUUUCAACCCUCACAAUGGGCAGUGGAGCUACUCUGCCCCCCUGAACACAGGAGUGAGCACUGCUGGUAUCGUCAGCAUGAAUAAUAAGAUCUAUCUUCUUGGAGGCUGGAACGAGAUUGAGAAGAAGUACAAGAAAUGCAUCCAGGUGUAUAACCCUGACCUCAAUGAAUGGACUGAGGACGAUGAGUUGCCAGAGGCUACAGUUGGCAUCUCAUGCUGUGUCGUUACCAUACCCACACGCAAAACACGAGAGUCCAGGGCCAGCUCAGUUUUAUCUGCGCCAGUCAGCAUAUAGAGUCUGGUAGGUCGUUUGAAAAGUAGUUUACUUGCUAAUUAAAGCAAGACCAAAAAUCCUCUGGCCAGUUCAUUUCAGAAAAUCCUUUAUGGCUUUCAAUGCAGAAAGUGAUCAUCCCUACUUAAGGUCAGAAAAAAAGUGAUAACAUACAAAUGUCACACAUACAACUAAUUUGGAAUUGAAUCAGAUAUAUUCAAAUUGUUUUCAUGAGUUUAAUUAAGGCUUUAAUGUGUGACAAUUCAGGAAGUUGUUUGUGUUGUGAGACAAAUUAAAAUCUUCUAUUAUGAUGGGAACAUUUCUUUUCUUUUGGGGCCUAUUCAGCCAUAAUAGUUGAAUCAGCCACAGACCAUAGCUGUUAUUCCCAAUAUAAUACUUAUUUGAUGGUAUAUGUGCUAAUAGUAACUGCAUUAUUUAUACAAUACACAUAAACAUGCCCAUAUAUUGAACCCUUGUUAUAAUGUCACUAUCAUUAUUUUCCAGUGACAUAAAGCUAAAUACACUGUAUAUAGUAUAAACAAAGACUGGACAUAUGAUGAUGGAAGACUGUAUACUUAAAACAUCAUAUACAACUGUGAAAUAACAUUUCAACUUGAAAAGAAAAUGUCUCUGAAAUUAGAUGUCAAUGCAGAAGGUAAAGGAAUUACUUUGUUGCUGGAUUAAUAAAUCAUGAAGAAAUGAUAUAUUGUAUCUACCAGGAGUAGGUGCUGUUGGUUAGUAUUUGUUGCUUCUUUUACUUGAGCAUUUAACACACUACACAGUACAGUUAUGUGAAUUGGGAUGAAUUUGAUCACUCUUUUGAGAUCUUCUUGCGCAGCAGGAAAUGCAGAUGAGCUUAGUGAAAACCCAUAAAUUCACUGAAAACCCAUACUAACACAUGGUUAUAUUAACAGCACUUUUCAUGUACACUACUUUUGGCCAGCUAAUAACCUAACCACCGAUCAAGCAACAUUGUGGACUAAACAUUCAAAUCCUGUUGCUGCAGGAUUAUUUUGCUGUGACAAUAUAGGUCAAAUUAUGAUCCUAUGUACUGUCCUGCCUCAGAAGAAGCUGGGAGAAUGUAGUUAUGAUGAAGGUUGAAUGGGUCAAAAAUUAAUUUGACAGUGGUCAUAUAUGUUUUGUAAAGAAUUGUGAAUACUGGAACAUUAAGCUAUUAGCCUGAGCUGUUAAGGGUGUGGGCACUCUGCAACAGUGCCUCUUAAUUUCCCUGAAAGCUCAUGAUUUGUCUUGUUCUUAUGUUUACAUUUUUAAACGGUGCCCUCACUUGUAGGUGAAGCUGGAAUGUCUCAUCAUACUGUACUGCUAUGGCUGACUCUGUAAAACAACACAUUUCACUGCGCCUAUAGCCUUUUUCUUCAAGGCUAUACACCACUAUAAAAAAAACUACAUAAA